AUGGCCUUCAGCCCAUGUUGCCUUGAACCCAUUGUGCACCUAGAGGACAACCAGAUCACCGUGAUUGAGAGGGGGGCGUUCCAGGACCUCAAACAGCUGGAGAGACUGCGUCUGAACCGGAACAAGCUGCAGGUUCUCCCAGAGCUGCUGUUCCAGUCCACCCCCAAGCUGGGCCGUCUAGAUCUCAGUGAGAACCAGAUCCAGGCAGUUCCUCGUAAGGCUUUCCGUGGGAUCACAACUGUCAAAAACCUGCAACUGGACAGCAACCACAUCAGCUGCAUCGAAGAUGGAGCCUUCCGAGCCCUCCGUGAUCUGGAGAUACUGUGA